AUUAGUGUUGUCAUCAAAUGUGAAGGAAAUUGGACUAAAAAUCUCUAUAAUUUGAUUUCAUCUCCUUCUUCUUCAACGAAUCGUCGUCUUGAAGUUUCAGUAGAAGGACCAUAUGGACCUGCUGCUACAAACUUUCUCAGGCAUGACAUGCUGGUGAUGGUCAGUGGAGGCAGUGGAAUCACCCCUUUCAUAUCAAUAAUCAAAGAGCUAAUCCACAUCAAUUCCACAUCUCAAUCCCACAGCAUUCCAAAAAUCAAACUCAUCACUGUGUUCAAGAAUUCUUCACAUCUCUCCAUAUUAGACCUAAUUCUCCCAAUUUCUGGCAUUCCCUCAUCAGAAUCUUGCACCAAUUUAGACCUCCAAGUUGAGGCCUAUAUUACAAGAGAAAAAGGGCAGAUAAAAGACAAACUACAGACCCCACAAACUGUAUUUUUCAGGCCUAAUCCUUCUGAUGCACCUAUAUACCCCACUUUAGGCCCCAAUAGUUGGCUUUGGCUAUGUGCAAUAAUUUCGUCAUCAUUUGUUGUUUUUCUUGUGCUUCUUGGAGUUUUCACUCAAUAUGUCAUUUACCCUAUUGAUCAAAACACCAAUAAGCUCUAUUCCUACUCCAAGAAGGCUUUGAUGAACAUGCUUUUCAUAUGUUCUUCAAUCGUUUUAAUGUCCACCGGCGCAUUUAUGUGGAACAAGAAACGGAAUUCGAGCGAAGCCAAGCAGAUUCUCGACAUGGAAGAUUCGGUGACUAGUAUAUCUUCAUUUGAUGAUGGUGAGAGAGAACUGGAAAGCCUUCCUCAACAAUCAGUUAUCAAGUCUGUCAAUGUGCAUUACGGUCAGAGGCCU